AUGAUCGGGAAAGCGUGCUUCCUCCUCUCCCUUCUCCAAGCCGUGGUGUCGGGACAGUGGAGUGCGGACAAUCCCGGAGCUGUGACAGCGCAGAAUGGUUUGUGUGCACGGAUUCCGUGUCACUACAAAUACCCGUCGUAUCUGAACAAUGAACCACGGACUGGAAGCUGGUAUAACAGUGAUACACAGUCUGUAGCCUUCCACUCCAGGAAUCCCAGUGUAAUAUCAAGAAAGUUUCAGCGUCGGACCCGGCUGUCAGGAGUCCUGAGACACAACGACUGUUCCCUGGUUAUAGACAACGUCAUUCAGCAAGAUACGGGUUCUUAUUUUUUCAGAGUUGAUUUUGGAAAUAGAAAUGGUUACAACUACCACCCUGUAACACAGCUCCGUGUUACUGAUUUCACAGAUAAACCCACGAUAUUCCCUGCUGAAAUGGUGGCAGGUCAGCCUGUGAACGUGACCUGCUCCUUCAACACCACAUGUGAUGGAACAGCCCCCACCUUAACCUGGGUCACCCCCGCUGAUGAACCACCGUCAGCCUCACGCAGCGUAACUCAGUGGGGAGACACUCUGACAUAUACUUCUGUUCUGUCCCUGACCCCAGCACUCAAACAUCACGGGCAAAACCUCACCUGCAGAGUCACAUACCCAACUGUCUCAUCCGAGCAGAUCCUCACAAUGGCUGUUCAAUAUGCUCCACAGAAUCUCUCAAUCACUUUCCCCGACAACGUGAACAGUUCCCGGGUCAUUAUAAAGGCAGGAAACUCUGCAGCGAUCCUCUGCUCCGUCCAGAGUUUCCCAACAUCUAACCUGACGUGGAGACAUCUCGGUGUCACGCUGAACACAACACGUUCCAGCAACGAGCUGUGGAUGGAGUUCACUCAGCUGACACGGCAGGAUGCUGGGGUCUAUCAGUGUGUGGCGGAGAAUGAACACGGGACAGCAGAGAAGGAUGUGACCGUCACUGUAGAAUGUGAGUAGACA